AUGAGCACGGCCACCACCACGUCGAUACACGUGCCCAAUGGGCAUCCCCGUGGUGCCCAGAGCAUGAACGGCACUCCUCAACCAAAUGGCACUCCCACGACUCCCAUCACACCACCGCCCCGCUCCGACGCUCGAGCAUCAAAGAAAUACAAACACACCUUCGCCGUCCACUUCGAGACCCGUCCCUCGCAGCUCAGUCACGAUGCCAAAUCGGCGCCUUCGUCGCUCGGCUUUCGAAACCUUAUGGGCUUAAUCAUUGUGAUUUCGAACUUGAGGCUGAUGCUCGAUAACUUUAAGAAGUAUGGAAUUCUGGUCACGAUAUCGGGGAGUAAAGUCUCCACGGGGGAUUGGAGAUGGUUCUGGAUACUGUAUGCCUUGACACCGUGCCACUUGUUCGUGGCGUAUCUGAUUGAGCUGGCGGCGUCGAGGUAUGCUGUUGCGUUGGUGUCGAAGAGUAAGAAGGAAGAGCGUGGGGAAGGCAAUAAGGUGAAGGAGGGAGAGCAGAAGAAGGCGAAGAGCUGGUUCUCAACUUGGAGAGUGAUUGCAUGGUGUCACGCGGCCAAUGCGACUUUCAUGCUGGCGUUUGCGACGUAUGUCGUGUACUACUGGAUUCACAACCCGGGAUUGGGCACGAUUACGGAGCUGCAUGCCGUGGUGGUGUGGUUGAAGGUGUGCUCGUAUGCCUUUACGAACCGGGAUCUGCGACAUGCGUAUCUCAGGCCGGAUCCGAGUGAGGCUGCUCAGCUGCCGGCACUCUACAAGAGCUGCCCGUAUCCGCAGAAUAUACGCAUGGCGAACCUCUGCUACUUCUGGUGGGCUCCCACGCUCGUCUACCAACCAGUCUAUCCACGCUCCCCAAAGAUUCGCUGGGACUUUGUGGCUCGCCGUGUAUGCGAGUUCUUCCUGCUUUGCAUCCUCAUAUGGAUCACCUCCGCUCAGUACGCUGUGCCUCUUCUGCAGAAUAGUCUCGAGGAUAUCUCCAAGUUACACGGCUUCAACAUCCUCGAGCGGGUCAUGAAGUUGAGCACCAUCAGCCUCGUCUGCUGGCUCGCAGGCUUCUUUGCCCUCUUCCAGUCCUUCCUCAAUGCUCUUGCCGAAGUGAUGAGGUUUGGAGAUCGGGAGUUCUACGGAGACUGGUGGAACAGCAGCGACUUGCGGACAUACUGGACAAGCUGGAACAAGCCAGUCACGCAUUUCAUGAAGCGCCACAUCUACGCACCCAUGGUCGGCCGCGGCGUGCACCCCAUCGUGGCACAGCUCCUCACCUUCCUCUUCAGCGGUGUGCUACAUGAAGCUCUCGUGGGUGUUCCAACACACAACAUCCUCGGGGUCGCUUUCAUGGGCAUGUUGGGACAGAUCCCCCUCAUCUUCAUGACGGACAUGCUGAGGAGGUAUGGAGGAGGCGGACACAACGCGAAGCUCGCUGGGAAUUUGGUCUUCUGGCUGAGCUUCUGCAUCUUCGGACAGCCCAUUGCGGCGCUGAUGUAUUUCUUCGCCUGGCAAGCGAAGUAUGGCAACCCGGAGAGUCGACCGGAGUGGCCUGAGCUGCAGCUGCAUUGGAAUGCUACGAAAUCAUGA